GCCGCCGGAGAACGAAGCCAAACUUCGCCUGUGCACUCGUUGCACCAAGAGCAACGAUGGCGCUGCAUUUUCCCUCUCCUUUGCGACCUCUAGGAAAGAAGCCGCUACUGCUAGAUUUGACUUUGACUGUCGUGUCACUCCUCGCCGCGGUCGCCGCUGCUGCUGCUGAAACCGAGUUGCACUCUACGUUCUCAAGUGCCAGCGCACUCAGCAGAGAGAGACGUGGCGACAACUGCACCGCGGGACCACUCGCUCGCUUCCUCCAGAAUGAUCCAGACCAUUCAUUACUGUACAGCGUGUUGGUGAAGACAUCGGAGCUGUCGGCCAUGGAUUGCCGCGCUCAGAAGAAGGGGUCGGCGUUCGUUCUCCUGGCUCCUACCAACGAUGCUUUCACCCCGGACGUCCUGGAGUGCAUGAGGUCGGGGGAUGCCGAUGCAAAGACGCUGAAGAUAAGGAAGCAGUUGGUAGUGGAGACGCUAAGGUAUCUUCAGAUCGCCAGCCUGCGGGUCCCGGUGACGAAUGUCCACGCUCUCCGCAGCAACGCCGAUGAACACGGCUCGCUUAAGACCGUGCUGGGGAAGAACGUGACGAUCACGACGGCUUUCGACGCUGGGGAGCUGGCGUUGAUCGAUGAGCAAAUGGCCAUGAUUUCGUCAGACGAUUACAAGACCGUCGAGCUCGUCGACGCGGUGCACAUCGUCAGUGAGAACGUGUCUGUGGUGCGCAUGGGGACCACCACACUAGUGCCACACUCUGUGGCAACGAGAAUCAGCAGAGUGUGUACUCCGCAGCUUGGGACGUUCAGCAGGGGCUUCGUUGACUCCCCUCCGCGCCUCCUCUUCAGAAGCCUGCAGCUAGGAGCAGAAGACGCCCAGCCAUCGCUGCACCAGCAUGGUAUCGAAGUCUCUGCGUCCUCAUCGUCGCCUACAGGUGCCUCCUCAUCGCAGCCGCCGGCGUCACUGCCAGGCAUAUCUUCGUCAUCAACUCUUCCACCGUCUUCUGGAGCUUCCCACGGCGGCAGCGACGGACGUGGGCCGAGCGCUGGCGCUAUUGGAGGGGUGGUUCUCGCUUGUUUGGUCGUCCUCCUGGUUGUUAUCAUAGUCGUGGCCCUUGCUUGUCGCCGCCGCCGCAAUGACAGGCCAGUGCCAUCAGUGAGAGCAGAGUUAGAGCGGGUAUCUCCCGCCGUGAGUAAUCGCAAUAGCCGGUCAACGAAUAUAGAAAUCCCCGUGACCAGGGAUGUCGAUGCGCGGAACUGCGGAGCAAUCGAACGGUGUGCGGGCACUGCGGCCUAGCAGGACGGCUGGAAGGACCCCCAGGAGUCCCAAGACCAAACAAAGAUCAUGGACCUGC